GGCGUGUAACUCGUACACUAACAUAUGUCACACAAUCAACGUACCUGCAGUUUGUGGUGCUUUUCCGCUUGACCUUCACCUUCAGGUUCUAAGUCAUGCACAUGUGCGACACCGUCUGAGGUAACAUCACACAAGAAGUUGCAGUCAGGACUUCGACUCACGGAAAUAACCUCGCAAGCUUCACCGGCCAACAUGUUUUACCCGUCCGUGUACAUAACAGACUUCUCCACUCCAGUGAGGGAUACAGCAUGGCGUCCACCUACAGCAUCCAUUCCGGUGAUGCCAGAACUCUGGGCAUGGCGGAUUUCUUUGUGUGUGGAGCAUCUCUCAUCUGUGCACUUGGUAUAGGAUUGGUAUUCGCCAUAAAGAGCAGGAAAAGUGAUGACCCGUCAGAAUUCCUUGUCGCCGGAAGAAGUAUGGGCGUGCUUCCGGUAACCUUGUCCCUGGUUGUCACGUUCAUUUCCGCCUUGACCUUACUAGGAUUACCAGCUGAAAUCUACAACUAUAACACCAUGUUCUGGUGGUUGGCCCUGGGCAUGAUGGUCGCAGUAGCGGGCUCGGCGCAUGUCUUCAACCCUGUCCUUCACAACCUUGGUAUCACAAGCGCUUACGAGUACAUAGAAAUGCGAUUUGGGGCGGCUAUGAGACUACUGGUGUCUUUCUGCUGGUUGUUUCAAACAAUAUUCUAUUUAGGGACUGUUCUCUACGCUCCGUCACUUGCGUUGAAGACAUUUUCAGGUUUGGACAUGUGGGUGUCAAUAUUGUCUGUAGGGGUCCUGGUCACGCUCUACACGUCAGUGGGAGGGAUGAAGGCUGUUCUGUGGACCGACAGUUUCCAGGCAGUCAUCAUCCUGGUCGGCCUUCUGUCUGUUGUGAUACAAGGGUCGAUCGUCAUUGGAGGAUUCGGAAGGGCGUGGGAGAUUGCCUCGGAACACUCCAGGAUAAACUUCCAAGAAUUCACCGUUGACCCCCGCACCCGCCUGUCCUUCUGGUCGGUGGUGGUCGGUGGAGGCAUCACGUGGAUGGCCUACUACUCUGUGAACCAGUGCCAGAUACAGCGUGUGUUUGCCUGCCCUUCACUCAGGAAAGCACAAAUUGCAAUGUGGCUGAACGGCCUGGGGCUGGCUGUUGUCGUCAGUCUGUGUUGCAUGAUCGGAGUGCUUCUGUUCGCUUUCUACGAGGGAUGUGACCCACUACAGUUAAACCUGAUCGGCGAAACAGACGAGCUGGUUCCUCUGUACGUGAUGGACAUCCUGGGGCACCUGCCUGGUCUGCCUGGAAUCUUCCUGUCCUGCAUCUUCAGUGGCUGUCUCAGCACCCUGUCCUCCGGCAUCAACGCCCUGUCCGGGGUGCUUCUCCAGGACUUCAUCAGACCCCACUGCGCCCUCAACAUCAGCAGCUUCACGGCGACCGUCAUCACGAAGGUGUCAGCUGCCCUCUGUGGGGGGUUGUGUAUCGGGCUUGCAUUUGUCGCCGGCAACUUUGGGAAUAUGUUACAGCUUUCCUACAUCAUCAUGAGUGUCUUCGACGGACCUGUGUUUGGAGUCUUCGUCCUGGGCAUGUUCUUCCCUCGAGCCAAUAAAUGGGGGGCUUUGUGUGGCUACAUCUGCAGUCUCGUCUUCAUGACGUGGAUCUCUGUUGGAGCAUUUUUCAAUGGCGUCACCGCGCCAGUAUCACACUUGUCUGUCCACGGCUGCAACUGGAACGCUACCAACUCCACCUUGCCAACAACAACUACCUUGCCCCCCACAGUGGCUUCUGACGAGAACACCUCCUUCGGCAUCUACCAAAUGUCUUUCCUGUACUACACAGCGUCCGGGGCCCUUGUCAACGUCAUCCUAGGCGUGGUCGUGAGUCUCAUUACAGGUCAUGGGGAACCCGUGUCAACCGACCCUGCACUGAUCACCCCUGUCGUCAAUACUCUGUACCGGUGCUGGCAGAAGAAACACGAUGAUUCGCCUGCCGUGAAAGAGCCACACUCAAGUACGGAAAUGGCUUAGUCCAAGACAAAGUGUGGCAACCAACGUUGGAUUGAAGUAAUGGCGUCAUUAAAAUAUUUCAAUUCAAGAACUAUCCGGAGAGAACCGAGAUAUUUUUAAAUGUUCCGUCAAAGGAAAUUUAGAUCUGGACCACAUAUUGCAACUCAACGCAGUUGAUAUGAAACACAAACACAUUCUGGAUUCCGGUUUAGAAAGACUAGUAACAGCCUUUCCCACCACCUCCCGAAUAUUGUUCAUUAUUGUUCAUAAGAUCUCAUCGUUGGUUUGAAUGGGCAAUGUCCCUCGUAGUGUUGCUGGCCGUUAUGACGACGUAUCUCUUCCUGUCACGGAGUAGCAACAAGCCCGGAGGAAAGAGGGACCUGACAUGGAUCAGCAGGCGGAACCGAUCUGAAAAGAGACUUUUCAUAAUGAAAGGAAAGUAAUAAAUGUAACAUCUAAAUUUUGUGGAAGCCUCGGUGUCGGAGUUGGUUGGAUCGCUGACUUUGUGUGUCGGCGAUUAAGUGCCUCACCCUGGCAGUGUGGGCUGGAAUCCCGGACAGGAUUCAACCCCCAAAAGUACGAGAAUCUGUACUUUACAGAAGGAAGUGUUAUCACAAAUAAAACAUUUAUUACUUUUGACCACUUUGUAAAUAUCAUUUUGUUUUCAAAC